AUUUCCCACUGCCCACCACUCCACCCUUUCACGGACCUAGGGUUUUGCUCCCGCCGCCGCCGCCGAAGCCGCCGCUGCGUCUUCGUCUCCGCCGCGACGAUGCCGUCCCACAAGACCUUCCGCAUCAAGCAGAAGCUGGCCAAGAAGCAGCGCCAGAACCGCCCCAUCCCCUACUGGAUCCGCAUGCGGACCGACAACACCAUCAGGUACAACGCGAAGCGCAGGCACUGGCGCCGCACCAAGCUCGGGUUCUAGAUCCGGACCGGCCGCCGCGUGGGGGAGCCAUGGUUCCAAGAUUUAUCUGCAUUUUGUUUUAUGGACGUUUCACUGUUUAUCAUGCAAGCUAAGCUAGGAAGUGGAUUCCAGGAUGUUUUUGUUAUGAAUUUCGUCAUGUUGAGAGGGUUUGCUUGUACUCUGGUGUACCGAUGUUACCAUGCUGUGCCAAGUAAAGAACCUUUGCUAUA